UGGGCGGGUGCUUCCGGUCGCCGACUUGGUUGACGGAGCCGCUGCACACAGACGCGGCGCUGCGGGUGGUCGGUAGUCGGUGCCACUGAAGGGCAACGAACCCGCAACCUCCAGUUAACGGCGAGCAACGAAGAAGCUGCAGAAUCAGCGCGUGUUAACGAGCGAUUUUAAGAAUGCAGGCAACUCCUGCAUUACAGUGCUGGUGGGAGACCAUGGAGGUGGUACAUUCCAAGAAAAUUUAACGUACGAUGAUGUUCUUUCAUGCAAAGUGGUGAAGUCUGUGUCAAGAAAUUAAAGGAAACUAUCCUGUGGGAUGGAGCUGAAUAUAGGAGAGAGAUUGAUCUGAUUCUUCUAUAACAAUGUCGCAAAAUAAUAAAGCAUCUAUAGUUAUGGCUGGGAGCCUGGCCACUAAAGCCUUCAAUCAUAAUGGAGUGUUGCAGGCUGUCAUUAAGCAAGAAGUUGUUGAGAGUUCCAAAAGUCAACCGUCUCUCAAGCAAACUGACAAAAAUGUAGCUGGGGGUGGAAAUAAUGGGGAGGAAGAGCAACGUGUAGUGAAAAAGCGGGGCUGGCCAAAAGGAAAGAAGAGGAAGAAAGUGUUGCCUAAUGGUCCUAAAGCCCCAGUAACUGGGUAUGUCAGGUUUCUCAAUGAGCGCCGGGAGCAAAUUCGUAUGCAGUAUCCGGACCUGCCGUUCCCAGAAAUCACCCGCAUGCUCGGGAAUGAAUGGAGCAAACUUCCUCCUUUGGAAAAGCAGCGUUAUCUGGAUGAAGCAGAAAAAGAUAAGCAACAAUAUCUAAAGGAACUCAAAGAAUUUCAGCUAACUGAAGCAUUCAAGAUGACUGCACAACAAAUCCAAGAGAAGAAACUGAAGAAAGAAGAAUUAUGGUCAGGUGUUAAUGGACCAGUCCCUAAGAUCACCGAUGAUUCGCCAGACAGGAUUUCCAUGUUUGACACUCCAAUUUUUACAGAAGAGUUCCUUGACCAAACCAAAGCGCGUGAAUCAGAAUUGCGAAAAUUAAGAAAGUCAAAUGUUGAAUUUGAAGAGCAGAAUAUUAUCUUACAAAAACACAUUGAGAGUAUGAACAACGCCAAAGAGAAACUGGAGCAGGAGCUGGCACUGGAAGAGAGACAAACGUUGACACUGCAACACCAGUUACAAGCUGUACGGCAAGCCCUGACUGUCAGCUUUGCGUCUGUUCCCAUUCCAGGCACUGGAGAAACGCCAACUGAAGGAACACUGGAUGUUUACAUGGCCAAACUUCACAAUAUCAUUGAGAGCAGCCCCAUAGAAUAUGAAAAACUAGUUGGAAGGGUGCAGGAGAUCAUCAGUCAGUUAGACAGUGAUAAACUAUGAACAUGGGAAGAAGACUCCCAGAAUGACCAUGUCCUUGGUAUUGGAUUACUUGCAGCAUCCAAUUUAAGGAACCUGAGAAAAAUGUGGGAAAUAAUGCAAACUGUUAUCUUUUUGGUCUUUGAUUAUUGCACACCUUUGGUAUUCCGAAUUUGCUAUUAUACUAGGAUGUCUGUGAUUUUAAUAAUAUUGCCUUGUAUGGAAGUUAUGAUUGAAUUCUAUCAGUGCAUGGUAUUCUGGGGUAUGUGAAUUAUGUGGAAAAGUAGAAACCUUUUUGGGCUUUCAUGACUAAGGGUUUGGAUUGUAUCAUUUUUAUAAAUAUAUCUAUUUCCAUUAAAUAACUGGGAUUUUUUUUUACAACCAAAACCAUGAGAAUUUCACUUUUUCUUAAUUCAGAGGUAUAACUCGAUAUUUUUAAUUUUGAGAUGGUACUUUACACGGUUCAUUAUCAUCCUUGUGUAAGAAUGCUAGAAAAGUGUCUAAUCAUUUAGAAUAUUUUUACGUCGCGUAUAAAUGUUAUUUUGUAAGAAAGUAAGCACAAAAAUCCUGAAGCGUCUUAGGAUAUGAAAGAAAACAGUUCCUGUGACAUUAUCUUCAAAAUUUCAUGAAAAUAUAGCAGGACAUGGAGAUUGUGCCAGUAGUUAUCUCAAGUUUUACUGUGGAUUCUUUCAUUUGGUACAAUGAUGCAGUUGUCCUUCAGAAAUGUUGCCUUUUUAAUCCUUGAACAGAUUGCAAAUGGUGUACAGUUUGUACUCUGAACUGAUCGGAAAUUAUCCAUAAAAUAUCUAUAUGAUAUCUGUUUAAUUACAUUAACAAUCAAGUUCUGUAAACAAGUUCUACGGUGACAUUUAGAACACUUCAUGAUAGUGUUUACUGACAUGUCCUUGUGUGUGGAAACCGUUAUCAAUUUUCACUAACUUUUACAACUCUACAAGUCGGAAAUUCAUUUUGAAUGCUGUUAAUCAUUAUUCCCUAAGGAACAAUGAAAAAUUAAAAUAUCCCGUUACAUUUAUUUCCCUUUUCACAUUUUUGCUCUCCAAGCAGCCAUGGAGAUGCUAAAGACGGCUAGUUAACUUUCCAUUGGCACUUAUUAAGACUUUUGUAAUAUUAGAGUAUUUUCCUCUUUUAACCCCACCACCCCCCACCCCCUCUCCUUCCCACAAUGUUGUAUUUUUAAAAUGCAUCAUUUAACUUUUAAGUUAGGACACUAUACUGUUCAUGCUCUUGUUUUCUUUUGUGUAACUGUAAAAAGUGUAAAAUAAACAACUGUGCACCCAAA